CAGCUACGGCGAGCAGGCCCCGCAGAGGGGCAGCGACAGCCUCCACUCAGCCCAUCCUGCCGCUGGAGACCUAAGGGUCAGGGAGCCGGCGCCUCCGCUAGGGAGAAAUCUGAGACACGUGGUUUCCCAGGCCCCUUACGUGUGUGGAAGAAUUUAUGGUUCGGGACGCAGACGAAACGGUGCAGCAGCGCGGGAGGGCAGAAAGAGCCAGAGUUGGGGCGCCAGGUUUGGUCCGGCUGUUUCCGCGGCCCUCCUGGACCCAAUGCUGUGACCCUUUUUCUGACACUCUGAAGGGUUCAAUGCCUUUCGAUUCGGUGCAUGAGGUAGAAGUUAAUAAACACACAUUCCGGACGACCCUGGGACCCAAAGGCCACACGGCGAGUUCCUGCAUUCGGCCCGGGCUCACCACCGACACGUUAUAGCUCGUGUUCAGAAGUCGGGCCUUUAGCGACUCCCAGACAUCCCAGGGUGUGUUUCAGCGGGUGCGUGGAAACUGGGCGCCCGGGACCCAAGCCCGUUCCCACUAGAGCUGUCCUUCCCAGCACAGCGUCACUGUCACCCCUAGCAACCCUCCCGCGACGGAGACCUGCCCCUUUAAGGGGAGCCUGAGACCCGGUGGUCUUCGUUUCGCGCGCCCGCCCGCGGCGCCGGCGGAAAGAACAUGGCCCAGGUUGCGCGGGCGCUGUGGCCGGCCCGGCACGCGGUGGUCUGGAGGCUGGGCGGUCGCCCCCAGUCGGCACUCCCCGCGCAGAGCCGGGCCGGCUUCGCAGGAGCUGCAGGAGGCCCGGGCCCCGCCGCUACCACCCGCAAGGGGAACCCGCGGCUGCUGGGGGCGGCGGCGCUGGCCUUGGGGGGCGUCCUGGGGCUGUACCACACCGCGCGGUGGCACCUGCGCGCCCAGGACCUCCGAGCCGAGCGCUCUGCAGCACAGCUGUCCCUGUCCAGCCGCCUGCAGCUGACCCUGUACCAGUACAAAACGUGUCCCUUCUGCAGCAAGGUCCGCGCCUUCCUCGACUUCCAUGCCCUGCCCUACAAGGUGGUGGAAGUGAACCCAGUGCGCAAGGCCGAGAUCAAGUUCUCCUCUUACAGGAAGGUGCCCAUCCUGCUGGCCCAGGAAGGAGAGAGCUUGCAACAACUGAACGACUCCUCUGUCAUCAUCAGUGCUCUCAAGACCUACCUGGUGUCGGGGCAACCCCUGGAAGACAUCAUCACCUACUAUCCACCCAUGAAGGCCGUGAACGACCAGGGCAAGGAGGUGACCGAAUUCUGCAACAAGUAUUGGCUCAUGCUGGAUGAGAAGGAGGCCCAGCGAAUGUAUGGUGGGAAGGAGGCAAGGACGGAGGAGAUGAAGUGGCGGCAGUGGGCAGACGACUGGCUGGUGCACCUGAUCUCCCCCAACGUGUACCGCACGCCUGCCGAGGCCCUGGCCUCCUUCGACUACAUUGUCAGGGAGGGCAAGUUCGGGGCAGUGGAGGGUGCCGUGGCCAAGUACAUGGGUGCAGCUGCCAUGUACCUCAUCAGCAAGAGACUCAAGAGCAGGCACCACCUUCAGGAUGACGUGCGUGAGGACCUCUACGAGGCUGCCAACAAGUGGGUGACAGCCGUGGGCAAAGACCGGCCCUUCAUGGGGGGCCAGCAGCCGAAUCUGGCUGAUCUGGCUGUAUAUGGCGUGCUGCGCGUGAUGGAGGGCCUGGAGGCUUUCGAUGACCUGAUGCGUCACACCCGCAUCCAGCCCUGGUACCUGCGGGUAGAGAAAGCCAUUGCUGAGGUCCCUCAGUGACCUGAGAGCCCCAGGAGGGGUGGCAGACAGCGGAAGACCCCGGCCACCGGGACCAGGACCAUGGGGUCAGACCUGGUGACGCUGUGCAGUGGGGGGCAGGAUCGUUCUGCGUCUCGCCCACCCCCACCCCCACCCCAGCCCCAGCGUUCUAGCAUUGAACACCUGCUGAGGCCGUGGGGCGCUGGGGGACAAAAACCCAGGUUUGAUUUCUGUUCAUAGUCCCCCUGAGGGGCACCCCGGCCCCAGGCGGCCAGCCCACCCCCGCCUCCCUACUUUCAGCCAUUCUCUGGGGCUCUCAGUGGCUGCUCUGUCCACACCUCAUGGGUGGGAAUCGGGUCGGGCUCCUGCCCCGAUGGGGGAGGUAGGAAUAAUCCGGUUUACGGAGGAUUUCAUCUCUGGCUCCUCCUGCCUCCUGCCCUUCCCAGGUGCCCCUGGGACUCUGUGUCAUGUUUGCAAUAAAGAAAAGGUUUGCUGCUGUG